CAUCGGUGCAUCUAAUGACGUAUCUUAACAAAUAAGAGGCAAAAAAAUAAAUACAAAUUAAGGUAAUAAUAAUGGGACGUUAACAAAAUUAGAACUUUUGUUACGCGUCCUUGGGUAGCACGUGUCAAGAGAUGAUAGGAAGACUGAAGGGGUAGAGGUAGAGGACGUAUCGAGCAUUCUCGACUUCAUUCUUCUCGUCUCCUCUCUCUCUCUCUCUUUCUUCAAUCUCGACGGGGAAUUCAGUCUCGCAAUCUCGCAAGAAAAAAUCGACACCGAGCUCUCGUUAAAUCGCCAUCCUAUCCGCCGAAUCUAAUCUACCGCUGUGGGAUAAUCGAAAUCUGUGACGAUUCUCAACGUCUCCCACUUCUCUCUCACAUCGAAACCUUCUCCUCCGAAACCAGUCGUUAUGGAUUCAAGGAAUCCAUUGAAUCCAUAUGGUCAGUCCCCUAGUUUAGUCGGCCUCCUUAACAGUCAGAACUAUCCUUAUGAAAGUUACCAAGCGGGUGUCCACUUUGGAGAAUCACAACAGUCAUCAGAGAUCCCUCCUUUUAGUUCACAAGAAACCGAGACACCAGUGGGCUCUAAUAAGGAGAGAAAGAAGUGGACACCAGCUGAUGACGAGGUUAUAAUCAGCGCUUGGAUAAACACGUCUAAGGACCCGGUUGUAGGAAAUUCACAGAAGCUAGGGACUUUCUGGUCCCGAGUUGGUGAAUAUUAUGCUGCAUCUCCACAUGCAGUACAGAGUGGUGACCCAAGAGAGCAUCUCAAUAUAAAGCAGAGGUGGCACAAGAUUAACGAUUUCACUAACAAGUUCUGUGCUGCAUAUGCAGCAGCAGAGAGACAGAUCACCUCUGGUCAAAGUGAGAACGAUGUUCUCAAGGUCGCGCACGACAUCUACUUCGCUGAUCACAAGAAGAAAUUUACUCUAGAGCAUGUGUGGUGUCUUCUGAGGUUUGAACAAAAGUGGCUAAGCCUCAACACUCCUAAACCGAGUGGUGCUUCUAAACGAAAAGGUUGUGAGACUCCUUGUCAGAGUACAAACACGACUGCUGCUGAUGAUGAUGUCCGGCCUGAAGGUAUAAAGGCGGCUAAGGCUAAAAGGAACACGGGUAAAGGAAAGUCAGUGGCUGAGUAUGCAACAAUUAUGGAUAUGAAGAGGGAAGAUUGGGAGAUGAAGAAGGAUGAUUUGGAUAGGAAGGAGAGACUAUCAAAGCUCGCUAUUCUAGACACUCUCUUAGCCAAAACAGAACCACUGAAUGUGGCUGAAGAAGUUGUCAAGAAUAAGCUACUAAACCUGUUGUUCUGAGAAAUAGUUCUUCGCUUGUUUUUAAAAAUGCUUGGUGUUUGCUUUUCUGCUUUUUUUUUUUUAAUAUAUGUCUCUGUUUUAUUAAUGUAUGUGUUGAAGAUCAAUGUAUGUCUGUUUGUUCUCUGGUUGCAAUCUUGGUAUAAAUGCUUUGUGUUUGUUCCCUGGUUUGUAUUUCUAUUCUCAUCGUUCAUUCACCUUGGCCAUCUAAUUGUU